UUCUAUCACUUCCGGUUCCUUUGAUCCAUCCUACAGUCACCCAACUCGAUACCCUGUUACGCAUUGAAUUCAGUGUCCUAUUGUGUCACCACAGUUUCAAAAAUUAUUCCCUCUUGCUGGAUACCACUAUGUCUCCACCUACGAGUUCGGCAUCUUCAUCUUCGAUCGCUGGCCCGAGUGGUCAGAACCCGCAUCCAAUGCUGGAGAACAACGAAGAGAAGAAUAGCGUAGUUAUCAAAGUUGGGAUGGUUGGAGAUUCACAGAUAGGCAAGACGAGUCUCAUGGUCAAGUAUGUAGAAGGCAGCUUUGAUGAGGACUAUAUCCAGACACUUGGUGUCAACUUCAUGGAGAAAACGAUCUCAGUACGGCGUACCACCAUCACAUUCUCAAUAUGGGAUUUGGGCGGCCAGCGAGAGUUCGUCAACAUGCUGCCGCUUGUCUGUAACGAUGCAGUGGCGAUUCUAUUCAUGUUCGAUCUUUCUCGAAAAUCAACGCUGAAUUCGGUGAAGGAAUGGUACCGUCAGGCUCGAGGAUUUAACAAGACUGCUAUUCCAUUUCUCAUUGGCACGAAAUUUGAUACGUUUGCGACGUUCCCAAGGGACGAGCAGGAGGAGAUCACCAAGCAGGCAAAACGAUUUGCUCGCGCGAUGCACGCUUCGCUGGUCUUCUGCUCGACAUCUGCUUCGAUAAACGUCCAAAAGAUCUUCAAAAUUGUGCUAGCCAAGGCGUUUGAUCUCAAAUGUGUCAUUCCCGAGAUUGAAGGCGUCGGGGAACCGAUUCUGAUUUACGUGGAUGUGUAAUGAUAGAAUAUCGACACGGGCGACUGGAGGCGCGGGAUUGAAGGGGGUCUGCAUGUACUGCGGGUACCAGGCGAGCAAAGGUAAUGUGACGUCCUGUGGUU